AUGGUCAGUGAUUUGGAUUCUUGCAGUAACGUCGCCUACAGCCGGUGACCUUAGCUACUCAGCUUCGACACAUGUGCGCUCUAUGAGCUGUGCUCUGCAUUAUACCGAGACUACGUCGCCACGAGAACACGAGCCCCGCACCUGUAGAUAAAUCGACAGGCUCCUUUGAAGCGUGAAGCGCCAGCGAAGGUUCUCGGGUUUAGAGCCACAUGCAACACACACCCGUGCACUGGAGCUUUUGCUUGCUCUGCGAGCGCGUACAUCGGUCUGACAAGUCGAGGAAGGAGCAGCCAUCUUAUCCUCCUACCUCUCACCGCUACUCCACGCACUGGAUUCGUCUUGGAGCGCGAAAGUCGUACUUCGACCCCAGGACCGACGUGCAUCGUCGCAAGCGGAAAGCAUUGCUCAAAGUGCCCUAAUGUGGCUACGUGCGUGGUCAACAUUACAGCCCUUAGGACUCCAAGUCAAGAAUUACUUGGUGGGUUCUAAUAAGUCACUGCGUUGUUGUGGCCGGAAGGGCACAUUCCUUGCUAUGCGCGGCUAACUCUGUCACCAGGUACAGAACCUAAGAUGUUUAUAUGCUGAUGUCGUGUGCAUGGGACUCGGAAGCUCACAAGCUUUGACCUGUGGUUGGCAGAUCCUCGACGUCACGUGUUAUACGGCUGUUGCCGACUGCCCGCACUUUGUACGGCCAUGAUGUCUUCUACCAAGCUUCCUGAUAAUAUCCUCGCAGAUACGCCGUAUCAAUUU